AUGGUGGUGGCUAUGGAGGUUGCGCGUGAUGGCUGCCAUGGUUAUCUGCAGGCGCGGCUUCACGGCGGCAUGAUGACUUUGGACAAGUUGGCGCCAACCAUAGAGGAGUUAGAGCAUAUCUUGGGUUUGCCACUGGAGGACACCACUCCCUAUCAACAUUUAGAGCAUCAUGCCUCUAUACCCACCAUUUCUACCAUUAUGAAAUUACAUCCCAAGGAGCUUGAAGACAGGAUGAUGAUGAGGAAUCAAUUGCAUGGGUUAUCACAGGGAUAUCUAGAGCAAUAUUUACAUCACCUGGCUGAUAAAGAGGAUUGGGAAACUUUCAUGGAUGUAUUAGCCCUCACCAUAUAUGGCAUUGUCUUGUUUCCCAAAAUAGAAGAGUUCGUGGAUUACACCGCGAUAGACGUCUUCGUGGCGAGUAAAACCAGAUCAGAGAAUCCUGUAACAGCAGUCCUUGCGGAUGUUUAUGGAUCCUUGAGUUUUUGCCAUGAGAGAAAGGGAAAGAAGAUUCUUUGUUGUUUACCGGCGUUAUAUACAUGGAUGACAGCGCGCGUGUUUAAGGAAAUGGUCGACAUUAAGAGUCUAUCGGAGACUUUGUCACACCAAAGGCUUAAAGGUAAAGGAGGAAACGAUUGGGCCCGAUUCCUUGCUGGCUUGAACGAAAGAAGUAUAAAAUGGCGCCUUCCUUGGCUCGGAAAUAAACUGGCUAUCCAGCAUUGUGGUAGUUUUCCUAACGUGCCUCUCAUAGGUACCCGGUACUGUAUAAAUUACAAUCCUCUUUUGGUGCAAAGACAAUUUGGGCAUCCCAUGAAAGGGGCACCUACAUCAGAUUACCUUGCUACCCUAUUCAUUUAUUACGAAGACGGGCAUUUCAUCGAACUGUUAAGAAAGGUUAAAAGUGCCUGGGAAAAUGUUGUUUGA